AUGACAGCAUCGCCAGCUACAAAUGCUGCACUUCUUCAAUCAUUACAACGUGUACGUGAACGACAAAGUCGUGUUGAUGUAGUUUCACCAUCACGUCCACAAAAUAACGUUCCUAACAAUUCAUUACCAAUCGAAACAAUCACAACAGGUCCUAUUAAUGAACGACCUAGUAUGAAAAAUAUAGAUCAAUUGAAUUCAAAACCUCCAUGGAAUUCAUCAACUGUAGCUCAGCCAACAAGAACUCCACAUUCUGCUUUUUUUGAUAAUAAUCGACCGGUUGAAAAUAAUAUUCCACGUCAAAUAUAUCCUGCUACAUCUACAAUUCGUCCUUUAACUAAUACAGAAGUUACAACGCCUGUUAAAGUUGUACGUCUACCAACAACUGUAAUUCAAGAACCAUCAAAUACAUCACCUGUUUAUAUUCAAUAUCCACAACAAACAUACCCAACAAAUACAAAAUUAAUUCGUACAGAGCCUCAAGUCGUCGUACUCGAUUCACACCCAAGUAAACAAUCAUUAUUGAAUUAUCCUCAACGAAUUAACAAGUAUCAAACGAGAUAUUAUCCUGAUACAGAAAUUUUACUUAACCAAUCAAACUCUUCUGUUUAUCGAUAUUGUCAAUGUUGUGCUCGUGGUCGUCUUGCUUCAUCAUGUCCAUCAUGCUAUUUUUGUGAAUUAUUCUAUGGUUGUCCACUUUAUUGUUGGAUAUUGACUUUUCUUCUUCUUCUUCUACCUAUGCUUGCUCUUUUCGGAUGGCUCCUUUCAGAACAACCAGCAAUUAAUCCUGCUAAACGACAAUAUAUAACAGAACAAUCUUCAAUUGUUCAAAAUGAUGUUUAUGCUGUAAUGCAUAAUUGUGCAGUACCAUAUUGUACUAAUGCAUCCCCUGCAACAACAAUUAAUCAAUUAUAUCUUACUUAUCAUGAUUAUUCAGCAACACAAGUAACAUCCAAUGGAAAUAUAUUUCAGACAUUUUCAUUCAUUUUCUUUGGAUUUUUAUAUAUUUUAUUAAAACUAUGUGAAAACUAA